UGUGCAACCAGGAAGCAGUAGUCGUGUUUACAUUCUGUGAGGCUGUCUGAAUCUGAAGCUCGGUGGGGGUGGUCCAGGGAACUAUGAAGAGGCGUUAUUAGUAUUGCUUAUUACCUGGCUAUUAUUUAAUAUUUCUGUAAAUGUAUGCCAUGGCUGUUGACGGCUUCUGGUGCUAUAUUUCUGUGGUGUCGGUACUGUUGGCCCCCUCGUUUUGGUCGUGUCUGGUGGUUUCUGGCGAAAAGGUAGCAUUGAUGGAGAUUUUUCUGAGCGAUCGGCAGGGCGUCAGCAGUGUUCUGCAGGGCGAAGUGAUUGAGGGAAGUUGGGGCAGCAAAACUCACGACGGCCGUGAGAAUCGCGACAAUGAAUCCGUCGAAGGGAGCCUUCGAUUGGUACAGGACGACGAACUUGACCUCCAGGUGGAAUCCGAAGACAAGGAGCCAUGGAUUGGAGUGGUUCCGGUUAAGAUAAAAGAGAGCGAGGUUGCCAGUGGCAACCAAGAAUCAUUUGCGGCCGCAGUUGUCAGCAAGAUGAAGCGGGCUCUGGUGCUGGGAGCUUCAGCCCUGAUUAUUCUGGCCCUCAAUCAGAACACUGUCAGAGAGAUGGACCUCUCUCAAGUCCUCUCCAAGCCAAUUGUCGUGUUUCAGACAUCAGAGAAUGUCACCAAGCUCAUUGGAGUCCUCCUCAGGGGCCUACAUGCAACAGCAAAAAUCACAUACAAGACCAUCCUACAGGAUAAUCUGGGGGCCACCCUGACCCUGUGGUCCACCUGUGGACGGUCGAGGGGGGGUCUCUACGGGGAGUGGCAGGGGGUCAUCUGCACUGGAGAGACCAACUCCCAGGUUCAGAAGUACCUGCAGCAGCUGUGGAACACGGUGCUCCUCGUGGCCCUGAUCCUGUGCACGGGGGUCAUAGUUCAAGCGCGCUGGCAGUAUCGGGACCACCAGCUCAACGAUGACAUGGAGUUGCUUCCAAAACAGGACGUCCUGAAGCAGCUGGCUGCCCUGAAAACCAGGAAGUACCGCUCGCCCAAGACGUGCAGCGACCCGGGUCAAGCAGGGGAGGUGGACAACUGCGCCGUCUGCCUGGAGCAGUUCUUCAACAACCAGUGUCUCCGAGUUCUGCCCUGCCUGCACGAGUUCCAUAGGGACUGCGUCGACCCCUGGCUGCUCCUCCAGCAGACCUGCCCUCUCUGCAAACGCAGCAUUCUGACGAACUUCUGCAGAGACAGCUAAUGGCAGCUCCUGGACCCCCGACUGGAAGAAAAACUGGGAUCAAGACUUGUACUCUCUCGUGAAGUUUUACAAUGACAGCUGAGACCUCAUUUAUCUCUGUACUGUAGGGUGAGGGUCUGGAGACAGAAGCGCGGGGGGGGGGGGCCCUCUCUGGGGUUGGUACGCGUAUGGGGGGGUUUGGGGGGGAGAGGGGGACCCCCCUGGCCUUGUGACAGAUGGCAGAACUUUGGGGAGACCCACUAGCAGUGCUGUGACCCCUAGUUUCUAGUUCAUGGGAUCAGCUACAAUACUUGCAUUAUUUUACACUUUCGUCAUGUAAUGUGUACGUACUGUGUGACCAACAAGAGCAUCGAAAACCAACGUCCUAUCUGAGCAGCUGUACUGCCCCCCCACCCCACGGAGUGCAUUUUUAAGGUGGUUCUAAUGCACUGUGCCAACCUAGUCCUGGAAUUAUUUUACCCUACCUUAAAGACCACACUGCAUUGAGCCAAAUGUUUUUAAUCUAUGUAUUUAACUGAUGGGCAUUCAUUUGUUUUCAUACAUACAGGUGUAUGUACAGAAACACUUGGUGAUACCAGCAUGGCUUUAUCGAUGUGUGCGCAAGGGCAUCCUUGGGCAAAUAUGAAAUAUAACCCUCUGAUUGAUACAGCAGCAUCUUUCCUGAAGUAAUUCUUGUUGAGGGCAGAAUUUUACGACAAAUCAAAAUGCUACGCUACAGACUUUAACAAAAAAGGGUAGUUUAAACAGUUCAGACUGAUCAUUGUGCUUAUGAACAGAACACUCCCCAAGACCAAAAUGCAAUGAGAAUGAUCUAUAUAGCCUGGCUGUUGCUCCUGGCCAUUUGAAAGAAAUCACAAAUAUUU